UUUUUUUUUUGUUCGCUUUCAGCAAUCACAAAAAUUGCAUUCUGUUUUCCAUUCCAUUCUCACGACUUACUCCAUGACAUUUUCUCACACAUAAGACAUUCAUACCUACACUGAUACACAAAACACAUUGAUACACAGAUACACAAACACACAUGACAGUCAAAGCUCGUUGGCUAUACCCUUUCCGAGGGAUCACCUACUUCCUCUCUAACCCCAGGCUUUGGCCUCGGGUGAUCCUGCCUUUUGUCAUUUUACUGCUCGUUACUAUCGCACUAUUGAUUUUAGCAUUCACUUACCUCAUGCCCCUCCAGGCUGAUUUUCUGAUUCGGCACUCUUGGCCUAGCUGGAUCGCCUAUACUGUUUCAGUACUUUUUACUUUACUUGAAGCAGCUCUUGGAUCUUUGGUCGUAUACCUUGCUUUGAUGCCCCUGUGGGAAGAUGCACUGUUUGAUGCCGUUCUUAGAAGUAGAAAACUUGGUUAUAUCAUUGACGCAGCACAUGGCGACUAUCGUACGUGUAUAAACGGAGUCCUUGCUAGCAUCUAUAUCAUCGUGUUCCAGUCCACUGUGCUGUUGCUCUUCCAGGUUGUGACGCUCAUUGUGCUACUCCCGCUUCAUGCCGUUCCCGUAGUUGGCACAAUCAUCUACUGUUACCUCAAUGGCUGGGUCGUAUCAUUUUCCAAACGUAUUCACUACGACGUGGAGCUAUGCAAGAAAAACGUAAGCCAAUCUAGGAAAUAUGCCUGGGAACACAGGGUCGAGUAUUGCGAAUUUGGUGCCGUGGCUGUCUUCUUGGAGAUGACACCAGUUCUGAAUCUGCUUUUCUUCUGGACGAACGUAGUUGGCGCAGCAUUAUGGGUUGCUGAUGAGAUUGAUGAGGCUAGGAGACAGGAUCGUAUUGCAAGCAGAACAGCGGCAGAUCAUGGCCACUUCGGAUCGCAAUAUGUGACAUUCCAUUCGUAUGGCACGUCGUCGCCUGGAUUGCCAACUGAGCCACUCCUUGCUGGCCAUACUUAUGAAAAUCAUGGUGGUGGAGACAAUCAUCUGCCUCCUCAAUACCAAUAUCAGGCAUCACCUUAUACAGUGCACCAACAGCAGCAGCAAUACCAACAGCAGCAGCAGCAACAGCAGCAACAAUAUCAACAGCAUCAACAGUACCAGCAGCAGUAUUACCAAGGGCAGCAGCAUACGGGUUCUGGUCACUAUUGAGUACCUCGGAAGUGACGGUGCCAACAAUGUCUGAAUACGUUCGUAAAAGAAAGAAAAUUAAUCUUGUUGAAACUUGUCCUGUCCUCGUUUAAUAAAAUAGACUUAAAACUUCAG